UUUAAAUUUUGGGAUGUGUGUAAGAUCUGUGUCUAGGCUCAUUUUUUUUUUUCAAUGUGAUGUCCCGUUGUUGCGGCACCAUUUGGCUUUGCAUCAUUGAACAGUACUACCUUGUCAAAGGUCAGUUAGCUGUAUUGAUGUGAGCCUAUUUCUGGGCUCUCUCUCCUUCCAUGGGUCUGUUUAUCUGUUAUUCCCACACUAACACUGUUGUUGAUUACUGUAGUAAGCGUUGAAGUUUAGUGGUGUCAGUCCUCCAACGUUGUUCUUCUCCUUCAGUAUUUUGUUGGCUAUCCUGGGUCUUUGUGUCCUGAAUUUUUAAGGGUAUCGUCUAGUUUAUUUGUAUUGUUAGAGUAAAAUUUACCAGGUUACUAAAGAGCAGCAAUUUAUCUCACAGUUCUGGAGGCUGGGAAGUCCAAGGCACUGGCAGGUUCAGUGUUUGGUGAGGGCUAUUCUGUUUCUAAGGUGGCACAUUUUGCUAUAUCCUUACAUGACAGGAGAAUAGAAGGGCAAAAUGUCUUGCUAAUUCCCUCCGGCCCCUUUAUAAGGUUGCUAAUCCCAUUCAUGAGGGUGCUACCCUCAUGAUGUAAUCACUUCCUAAAAGCCCCACCUCUUAGUACUAUCACAUUGGAUCUUAAGUUCCAACAUAGGAAUUUGGGGGGCACAUUUAUAGUCAAACCAUACUACAUGUGAAAGGGGAGGAGUCCUGAGACCACAAAGUUUGAGAACUGCUGUUGUAGAGAAAGAUGGACAUAUAGAUGAGUGCAGCAGAUUCUUGUGCUGGGAAAGAAGACAGAAUGUAGUGGAGGGAAACUGAACUGAGUUUUGUACAUCUCCCUGCUUGUUCUAGAGACUGAAUGAGUCUGUUAACUUUAGGGUGCAUCUCCAAGAUUCCAUAUGUAGAUGCUGUGUGACACAGGCAUGAUCCUUAGAAGAGAAUCCCAGAGGGUCGUAGAACAUGACCUCAGAGUGUAGGAUGUGAAAUGUCAUCCUUCCUUGAGACUAGAGACCACAGGGCAGGUUAAGGCAGUGGGAGAUUGGUUCUUGCAGUUUUCUGAGAGAAAGGUGGCUUUUUGGUUAUUAGGGUUGUGCAUGAAAAUCAUGCAAAGAGGCAUACCUCUUCAUCUUCAGAAUUAAAACUUUGUUAAGUACCAAGAACAAACCAUGUUAAAAGGGGAAUAAUAACACUCACCUCUCACCUGUCAAGAUUUACAGGAAACACAUGCUAAAGGGAAGAGGUGGGGGUAGGUUCUGGUCUCAAACCUCAGGAUUAAAAAAAAAAAGUCCCCUGGUCUGCCAGACUCCUCCAAGGACAAAGCUUAUUUGCCUAAAGAGGCCAGUUGUUUACUCUGCUCCUUUCUCCCCAGCCACACUCCAGAUUUCCACCACUGUGGCAGGGAGAGAAGCCAGACAGGUUACAUAGGAAAGAAAGGCAAGCAGAUGACCCAAGCAGAGCUGGGUGGCAAACGGGGCUGUGUGUCUCUCCCCUGGCUUGUUGGAGCUUGCAACUGCUCCCAGGCCCAGCAGAGUCAUAAGGAUCUCCAGAGCAGCCAAACCAAGCAAGUCUGCAGGCCAGGCCUUCCCAACCCUGGCCAUGUGGAGGGGUAGCAUCCCCAGUAACCACUCCAAAAAGCCUCCUAUCUUUUAACCUUUUGCCAGAUUCUGAAAGCACAUUUCUACACGGUGCCCCAAAGUAACCUCUGCUGGCAAGGCUGGAUUAUUCUCAAUCUGGGAACAACCAGUAUAUUCCGAAGGUCCUAAAAUGUUCAGAAAUCUGCUCUCUGUGUGUGUGUGUGUGUGUGUGUGUGUGUGUGUUAUUUUGGCAGAGGGAAGAUCUAGAGUUUUCAUGACAUUUUCAAAGAGGGGGGCAUCUUGCACACACACACAAAAAUGUUAAAAAUGGCUACAUUAGAGACCAGCACUAAUGAAGUUGCACUAUUGAGGGUUUUUCAACGUUUUGUAGAAUUAAAAAUAUUAUUUAAAUGAAUAGCUGACUUGUUCUCCACUCCAGGCAUAAUGCUAGAUGUGGGAAUACAGUGAGGAACAAGACCAGAUGCGAACUGUGUGUCACUGAGGGACACAAACAUAAAUCAAAAAAUUGCACCAAUGCAUGUCUAAUGUCAAACUAAGUGUUGCACUGGAGGAACGGAACCUGGUUCUAUGAAUGAUGUGAUUUAGUGGAUGUUUAGCUUUUGUUUUCUGUAUUUAUUUAUUUUUUAAUUGAUAAUGCAUUCAUUUUUAAAAACUGAAAAGGAUGAUGUAGUGAAAAAUCUUGUUCCUCAUCCACUCAUAUUCCCAACCCUCUCUGAAGGCCACAUACAUGUUUUACAAACUGGUCAUAGACCAGGAGAAGAGAAAGCUUAACCUGAAUAUAUGACUCUUGAAAGACACAACUGGAGUAUAAGUUCAUCAAGAAAAGAAGACUGGAAAGAGACAAAGAUGUUCCAGACACAGGCAACAGUCUUGCAAAGGCCCUGUGAAUGGCUUUUUCAGAAGAACAAGGAGGAGCCCCCUGUGGUUUCAUCCGCCAGAAUUCCAGCAACUCCAUCUCCUUGGACUUUGAGCCCCACACAGAAUACCAGUUUGUGGAGCAGUUGGAAGAGCGCUACAAAUGUGCCUUCUGCCACUCGGUACUUCACAACCCCCACCAGACGGGUUGUGGGCACCGCUUCUGCCAGCACUGCAUCCUGUCCCUGAGAGAAUUAAAUGCAGUGCCAAUCUGCCCUGUAGAUAAGGAGGUUAUCAAAUCUCAGGAGGUGUUUAAAGACAAUUGCUGCAAAAGAGAAGUUCUCAAUUUAUACGUAUAUUGCAAAAAUGCUCCUGGAUGCAAUGCCAAGGUUAUUCUGGGACGAUACCAGGACCACCUUCAGCAGUGCUUGCUUCAAGCUGUGCAGUGUUCUAACAAGAACUGUCGGGAAGCAGUCCUCCGGAAAGACCUGAAGGAGCAUUUGAGCGCAUACUGUCAGUUUCGAGAGGAAAAAUGCCUUUAUUGCAAAAAAGAUGUGGUAGUGAUCAACCUACAGAAUCAUGAAGAAAACUUGUGUCCUGAGUACCCAGUAUCUUGUCCCAACAAGUGUUUGCAGAUUAUUCCAAGAACUAAGGUGAAUGAACAUCUGGCUGUGUGUCCUGAAGCCGAACAAGACUGUCCUUUUAAGCACUAUGGCUGUACAGUAAAGGAUAAGCGGGGGAACCUGCAGGAGCAUGAACAUUUAGCCUUGCGGGAACACAUGCUUCUGGUUUUAGAAAAGAACUUUCAAUUAGAAGAACAGAUUUCUGACUUAUAUAAGAGCCUAGAACAAAAAGAAAGUAAAAUCCAGAAGCUAGCAGAAACUGUAAAGGCAUUUGAAAAGGAAUUCAAGCAGUUUUCACAGUUAUUUGGCAAAAAUGGAAGCUUUCUCUCAAAUAUCCAGGUUCUUGCCAGUCACAUGGACAAGUCUGCUUGGCUAGAAGCUCAAGUGCGUCAGUUAUUACAAAUGGUUAACCAGCAACAAAAUAAAUUUGACCUAAGGCCUUUGAUGGAAGCGAUUGAUACGAUGAAACAGAAAAUUACCCUAUUAGAAACCAAUGAUCAAAGAUUAGUUGUUUUAGAAGGGGAGACUAACAAACAUGAUGCACACAUUAAUAUUCAUAAAGCACAGUUGAAUAAAAAUGAAGAGCGAUUUAAACUGCUGGAGGGUGCCUGCUAUAAUGGAAAGCUCAUUUGGAAGGUGACGGACUACAAGAUGAAGAAGAAGGAGGCAGUGGAUGGGCACAUAGUGUCCAUCUUCAGUCAACCCUUCUACACCAGCCGCUGUGGCUAUCGGCUCUGUGCCAGAGCAUACCUGAAUGGGGAUGGGUCUGGCAAGGGAACCCACCUGUCCCUGUACUUUGUGGUGAUGCGAGGAGAGUUUGACUCACUCUUGCAGUGGCCAUUUAAGCAGAGGGUAACUCUGAUGCUUCUGGACCAAAGUGGCAAAAAGAACCACAUAAUGGAGACCUUCAAAGCUGACCCCAAUAGCAGCAGCUUUAAAAGACCUGAUGGGGAGAUGAACAUUGCAUCUGGCUGUCCCCGCUUUGUGGCUCAUUCCACUUUGGAGAAUGCAAAGAACACCUACAUUAAAGAUGACACCCUGUUCUUGAAAGUGGCUGUGGAUUUAACUGAUCUGGAGGAUCUCUAGUUCACUGUUCCUGGGGUGAUAGGAAAACUUCUUGGGUUCUAAAGCAUGGUUCACUUGAUUAUCAUAUUGAGCUGGACUUCACUCAAUGUAUUUGGCUUUUUGCCUUUAAUGUUUAAAGUUGGUUGAAAACGUCUAAAUGCUGUCUUUUUGCAUUCUACUCUGGUGAAGUUUGUAAUUUAAAAAUCUUAGAAUGUCCUAUUUAUAUUUUUAUAUCUCACGAAAGAUGGUAAGUUUCUUGAAAACCAGGUCUGGGGCUUAUCUCUUUUGCUGGUGCUUAGUGAGGUGUAUCAGACAUUCUACAGUAUUCAAUGUUGUUGAGGACACAGAAGUAUUAGAAUUCCCAACUGAAAAAUGUUUUUGUAUUUAUUGUUUGGACUGUUGAUUCUAUCUCUGACCUUAAGACUGGAAAAGCCCUCUUUUCAAAGGUAGGCUGUUCCAGUUAAGUAGUGCAUGACAUAAUUAGAAGUCAAUAUAAUAGGCCCAGUUUGGACCCAAUUUUUUCAUUUAAAUACUAAAUUUUGGGAAAUUACUGCACUCUUAAAUGUUUUCAUGAAAUUCACCAAAAGUCUGCAUAAGAACUGGUAAAUGGCAUAAACAUUUUCAUUCUUCUUCUUGAAGUAAACCAGAAAGCAUUACAUAUUGUGUGUGUAUGUGUGUGUGCACACGCACAUGAAUGUAUAGAGAGCUAGCCAGCUAAAGUGAAGAUUUUAUUAGGGUCCCUAAUGUCACAAAUGUGUAAAAGGAAUUUAAAACCUAAGGAGAAAACCAUUAAAAUUUCCAGUGGCAGAAGUACUCCCAAUCCAAAACUGAUUGCUGAAAAUAGUAUCUCCUUUUUCUUUUUGGAGACCUUUUGAAUUUAUAAAUUGGUAUGAAAAUGGGCAUUUAGUCAGCUUGUGAAGUUUCUUUUAGAGUCCUGAGUACUUUGCAAAGAAUAGAAAUGAUCUUAUACUUUUAUCUGUAUAGACCUAAGGGUGUAUAUAUAAAUCAAGAUGAGUCCUUAUUACUUUUGAUAAGCAUGACUUUAACAAAAACUGAAAUACUGUUUUCCUGAUUAGAAAUAAAUUAUUACGCCAUUACCAUUGCUCAUAUGUGGGCUGGCUCUCCUGAGCAUGUAAGGACAAGUUACAAUGACCCAGUGGUCACUGAAGAACAGCUCACUUGGGUGAUGGCCAUGCAUCUUACACUUUCUAAAGAAGAAACAUGAUUAGGCUUAUGGGAAUUACGGGAAUCUUACUCUCUUCUAUGGUACUUCCAAUAUACUAAAGACUCCUAUUGCAGGAAUCACUCCAAAGGAUUAAAUUCAAUGAAAAAGGUGCACAAUGGAAAGAACUGUAGUGAACGAACUCUAAUAUAGUUAAAGGUCUACACAUCACCUCAGACAAACUCAGGAUGCAUUCUGUAGCCCACAAUGCCAGACCCAGAGGUUUCUGCGUGUUUGUUCUGUUUUUAAUCAUGUCCAAGGCCACUCUCUGUGUCUCCGUUGAGUAACAGGUCAUUUUGUUGUAAUUAGUUUUAAGCAGCUGAUGUCGAAAACAUUUAAAAGUGAAUUUGUCAAAGUAUUACCUAUCUUAUGCACAUAAAAUGUCUUCUAUGCAUAUAAAAUAUGUCAUGGUAUGGUUUGCUUAGCAGUUCAGAGUCCCUUAAUCACUGAAAUAGUGAUUAAGUGAUCAAAGAUUAAGGAAUAAAAAAUAUACCUUUUUCAGAA